CGUUUUCGGACCAAGAUAGCCCCUUCACCUACGAUUCGCUCUGCCCGGGCGCAAACCAUCCCAGCACACACACCCAAGAGACCUAGGCAACGCCAUUCGCUUAGAGUAAGGAAUUCGAACAUAGCAUCCCAUCUUGGAAAUUAAAAAUUGGAAGAGGAGCGCAUCGUCGGAGACGGGCAAAUUUUUUUCGGCCAGAACGACGUCCGACGACCUUCUUCUUCCUCCCCAAAUGGCGGCCGAGCUACAUUCCGAGCUCCCCAUCAGGCCGGUCCCACGAGACAUCAGGGCCGUCAGCAACGUAAACACUGACGAGAGAAGGCACAAGCACUCCCGAUCGUCCUACUCGGAAGCGUCACCUCUCGCGUCCCGGAACAAUUCGUUGACCUUCCGCCCAGCAAAGCGGCCGAUGCCCUCGCCGGACAAGACCAUCGCCGUCAUCAAUGCCAGUGGGAGGCAGGCCGCCUCGCUCAUUCGGGUGGCGACCGCGGUCGGCUAUCAUGUGCGGGCGCAGCUGAGGAACCUGGAGGGCGUCGUGGCGACCGAGGUGGCCACGAAUCCGAACGUGACGGUGCUCCGGGGCGAGCUGUACACACAGGAGGAACGCCCGUCGGGGUCGGAGCAGGUCGACGUAACGCGCGACGGCCCCAUCUCGGGCAUCGGCGUCAACCACGCUCUCAUUUCGGAGCUCUUCAAGGGGGCCCAGCUGGCCUUCAUCAACACCACCUUCUACGGAGACGAGCAGCGGAUCGGGGAGGCGCUGGCCGACGCGGCCAAGAAGGCCGGCAUUCAGCACUACAUCUAUUCGUCCAUGCCGGACCACCACGCCUACAACAAGGACUGGCCGUCGCUCCCUCUCUGGGCGUCGAAGCACAGGGUCGAGGAGUACGUCAAGAAGAUUGGCCUUCCCGCGACCUUCGUCUACACCGGCAUCUACAACAACAACUUCACGUCACUACCGUACCCGCUCUUCUGCACGGAGCUGCAACCGGACGGCUCCUGGAUCUGGCAAGCUCCUUUCCACCCGGACGUCAAGCUUCCCUGGCUCGACGCGGAGCACGACGUGGGCCCCGCCAUUCUCCAGAUCUUCAAGGACGGCGUCAAGAAGUGGGGAGGCGGCAAGCGCAUCAGUCUGGCCUACGAGAUGCUCUCGCCCAGAGAGGCCUGCGAAGUCUUCUCUCGUGGAGUCGGCCGGCCAGUGCGAUACGUUCAUGGCCCGAUCGAGAUCAAGGUCAGCAUUCCCGAGGGAUACCGCGCCCAGCUGGAGGCCCUCGAGGCGCUGUUUGGCCUGGGCCACGACGACCCCAAGAAGCAACCCCCGUAUUUCGGCGACCCCGAACUGGAGAGCAGCUGCCCGAGGGUCGCGCUGGAGCUGUGGGAGGGCCCGCGUGGCCUCGAGGAGUACGCGCGCGAGGUCUUCCCGCUAGAAGAGCAGGCGAACGGCCUCACAUGGAUGCUGGACGAGGGUGAAGAGGGCAUCACCAACAGCAUAAGGCGGACUGCCAACGGUAACGGCCAUCCACAUCACAUCAACGGCUACAUCACCACUCUUCAACAAGUCACUCUUGAAUCGGACGGCGAGGAUGAGGAUGAGGAUGGGGAUGGGGAUGGGGGCCUAGUCAUGCGCGGUCUUAAGAGAGAUGAUGAAGAGUGGCUCGCAUGAGCGGCGGCUCUCUUUUCUUUUCCAAGCCUUUUUUUUCUCCCUUGCAUUCCGGAUCAUGGCCCUCUUCUGUUGAUCACAUCCAGCCCCCCCCCCCCCACCCCUCUCCAU